AUGAAUCCUGACGCUCUGGAUACUGGAAACUUCAGCCUGACUCUGAGGAAACCUGAGCAGGAUGAUGGAGGAAACUACAGCUGCAGCAUCUCUGAUGGAGUAAAAGAACGGACAGUGAAACAGAUUCACCUGAAGGUCAAAGUUGGUCAGCAGGAGGUCGAGGUCACUGAAGGGUCAGGUUCUGUCGUCCUGCCCUGCAGAACAUCAGCCGACCUUCCUGAGGGGACGUCAGUGGAGUGGACCCGGUCAGAACCUCGUUCCAUGUUCAUUCAUGUGUUUCCCAACACGAGUAAACACUACGCCCAGCAGGACAGACUUUACCGCGACCGAACAGAAAUGAGCAAAGAUUUCCUGAGGACCGGAGACGUCAGCCUGACCCUCAUGUAUCCCACACACAGAGACGAUGGACGCUACGUCUGCACCGUCUACAGAGACCAGGACGUCCUGAGAGACACUGUGGUUCUGAAAUAUAUCAAAGAACCAUUUCCAUCCUGGGCCUCAGCUCUGCUGGUUCUGCUGGUUCUGGUUCUCAUCAUCUCUGCGGGUCUUUUCUAUCAUUUCAAAGGUUAUUUCCUGCCAGCUCCACUGGUGAAGGUGGAUUCAGGGGUGAAGUUUGUCCUGCUGCCCUGCAGAACCAGAGUCUACCUGCCUGGAGGAGCUAGAGUGGAGUGGAGGGACGGAGAGAACAGGACGGUCCAUGUGUAUCAGAAAGGUUCUGAUGAUCCUGAAGAACAGAACCUGACCAGCAGAACCAGAACCAGGAUGAACAACGACCCACUGAAGACUGGAGACCUCAGUCUGACUCUGAAACAUCCCAAACCUGGAGACAGCGGGAUCUACAGCUGCAGAGUCAGGAAACGAGUCGUCCUGGUGAUGAAACGGGUUCAUCUCCAGGUCAAAGUUUUCUGCUGGAUCACUGCUAAAGUUCUGGAGGAAAAGAUGAAGACCAGAGAGGAAGAAGAGCUGCCCAAGACCCUGACUGAGAUGUACAUAGAGUUCCUGCUGAUUCAGUUCAAAAUCAAGGAGGAAAAGUUUAAAGAAGAUCUAGAGAACAGGAAGCUGAUUGAGUCUCUAGGAAAACUGGCUUUUGAUCAGCUGCUGAAGGGAAACCUGAUCUUCUAUGACAAAGACCUUGAACAGUGUAGCAUCAACAUCGAAGAUGCUUCAUUGAUCUCAGGAGUUUUCACUGAGAUAUUUAAAAAGGAGACUGGGCUGGGCAACAUCUCCGUCUACUCCUUUGUUCAUCUGAGCAUCCAGGAGUUUCUGGCUGCCGUCUACAUGCUCCACUGCUUCACCAGCAGGAGGUCAGAGGUCAUCAAGACGUUCCUGGGAGAAAAAGAGGAAUAUGAGGACAGAGAGGAAGAUGAGCACAGUGGUGAAGAUGACAGUGACUCUGAGGUCACUUCACUACCUGAACUGCUGAACAGAAUAAUGAGAAAGUCCUGUUGGAGUAAAAAUGGCCACCUGGACCUGUUUGUCCGCUUCCUUCAUGGUCUCACUGUGGAGUCCAACCAGAGACUCUUAGAGGAUCUGCUGGGUCAGACAGAGAACCGUCCAGAAACCAUCCAGAGAAUCAUCACCAACCUGAAGGAGAUGAACACUGAUAGAAUCUCUCCUGCCAGAAGCAUCAACAUCUUCUACUGUCUGGUGGAGAUGAACGACGUCUCAUUUUAUCAGGAGAUCCAACGGCUGCUGGAUUCAGGGAAGCAGCUCUCAGUGACUGACUGUUCAGCUCUGGCCUUCAUGCUGCAGAUGUCAGAGGUUCUGGAUGAGUUGGACCUGGAGAAGUACAACACAUCAGAAUAUGGACGACGGAGACUGGUUCCAGCUAUCAGUCUGAGGAGGAGAUGUGAAUGUGUGACUGAAGGAAGUGAUGAAACAGGAAGUAGAACCCUCCUCAACAGGAUCUACACUGAUCUCUACAUCACAGAGGGACAGAGUGAAGAUGUUAACACCCAGCAUGAGGUGAAGCAGCUGGAGAGAGUUUCCAAGAUCCAGAACCUCCAAGACUCUCCAAUCAGGUGCCAUGACAUCUUUAAAUCCUUCCCUGACCAACAUGGAGCCAUCAGAGUGGUUCUGACCAACGGCGUCGCUGGUGUUGGAAAAACCUUCUCAGUGCAGAAGUUCACUCUGGACUGGGCCGAGGGCUUGGAGAAUCAAGAUGUCAGUGUGGUGGUUCUGCUUUCGUUCAGGGAGCUGAACUUGAUCAGAGAUGAGCAGCACAGUCUUCUCUCACUGCUCCAUGUUUUCCAUCCAACACUCCAGAAGCUCCCAGCAGAGCAGCUGGCUAAAUGCAAACUGCUCUUCAUCUUUGAUGGCCUGGAUGAAAGCAGACUUUCACUGGACUUCAACAACAGUCAGCUGGUUUCUGACGUCACACAGAAGUCAUCAGUCAACGUUCUGUUGACAAACCUCAUCAAGGGGAACCUGCUUCCCUCUGCUCUCAUCUGGAUAACUACCAGACCUGCAGCGACCAAUCAGAUCCCUCCUUCAUGUGUUUCCAGGGUAACAGAAGUACGAGGCUUCACCGACGCCCAGAAGGAGGAGUACUUCAGGAGGAGGUUCAGUGAUGAAGAGCUGUCCAGCAGAAUCAUCUCCCACAUCAAGAAAUCAAAAAGUCUCAUGUGUGGAAUCCCAGUCUUCUGCUGGAUCACUGCUACGGUUCUGGAGAACAUGUUGACCUCAGAGCAGAGAGGAGAGCUGCCCAAGACCAUGACUGACAUGUACUCACACUUCCUGCUGGUCCAGACAAAGAGGAAGAACAAGUACCAUGGAGGACAUGAGACAAGUCCACAGGAGCUGAUGAAGGCUGACAGGAAAGUUCUUCUGAAGCUGGGGAGGCUGGCGUUUGAACAGCUGGAGGAAGGAAACAUCAUGUUCUACCAAGAAGACCUGGAGCAGUGUGGUCUGGAUGUUACAGAGGCCUCGGUGUACUCAGGAGUUUGUACAGAGAUCUUCAAAAGAGAGAGUGUGAUCUUCCAGAAAUCAGUCUACUGCUUUGUUCAUCUGAGCAUCCAGGAGUUUCUGGCUGCAGUCUACAUGCUCCACUGUUUCACCAGCAGGAGGUCAGAGGUCAUCAAGACGUUCCUGGGAGAAAAAUACAAAGAAACAUCUCUAGAUGAGUUCAUGAAGAAAGUCAUGCUGAAAUCCCUCAGCAGUAAAAAUGGCCACCUGGACCUGUUUGUCCGCUUCCUUCAUGGUCUCACUGUGGAGUCCAACCAGAGACUCUUAGAAGAUCUGCUGGGUCAGACAGAGAACCGUCCAGAAACCAUCCAGAGAAUCAUCACCAACCUGAAGGAGAUGAACACUGAUAGAAUCUCUGCUGACAGAAGCAUCAACAUCUUCUACUGUCUGGUGGAGAUGAACGACGUCUCAUUUUAUCAGGAGAUCCAACGGCUGCUGGAUUCAGGGAAGUAUCUCUCAGAGUCUGACUGUUCAGCUCUGGCCUUCAUGCUGCAGAUGUCAGAGGUUCUGGAUGAGUUGGACCUGGAGAAGUACAACACAUCACCAGAUGGACGACUGAGACUGGUUCCAGCUGUGAGGAACUGCAGAAAGGCUCGACUUAGUGGCUGUAAUCACUAUAAGGCUGAAUGUGAAGUUUUGGCUUCAGCUCUGAAGUCCAACCCAGAUCUGACUGAACUGGAAAUAAGUCAGAUCUACAUAAAGGGAGGUGGAGACUCUGAUAUGAAGAAUCUAUUUGAGAUCCUGGAGAGUUCAGUCAGUAAAGUGAAGAGUCUGAGAUUGUUUAGCUGCAGUUUGUCAGAGACCAGCUGGACGUCUCUGUUCUCAGCUCUGAAGUCCAACCCGACCCAUCUGACAGGACUGAACCUGUACGACACCAACCUGGAAGGUUCUGGACUGAAGGAGCUCUGUGGUUUUCUACAGACUGAAGGCUGCAGACUGGAAACAUUGAGAUUGAAUCGCUGCAGUUUGUCAAAGACCAGCUGGACUUCUCUGUUCUCAGCUUUGAAGUCCGAACCGACCCAUCUGACAGGACUGGACCUGGACAGCACCAACCUGGGAGAUUCUGGAGUGAAGGAGCUCUGUGGUUUCCUACAGACUGAAGGCUGCAAACUGGACUAUUUGGGAUUGAAGGGCUGCAGAUUUUCAAAGACCAGAUGGACUUCUCUGUUCUCAGCUCUGAAGUCCAAAUCGACCCAUCUGACAAGACUGGACCUGAACAGAACCAAGAUGGGAGAUUCUGGAGUGAAGGAGCUCUGUGGUUUUCUACAGACUGAAGGCUGCAGACUGGAAACAUUGGUAUUUUGGGGCUGCAGUUUGUCAGAGACCAACUGGGCUUCUCUGCUCUCAGCUCUGAAGUCCAACCCGACCCAUCUAACAGGACUGGAACUGAGCUACAGCAACCUGGGAGAUUCUGGAGUGAAGGAGCUCUGUGGUUUUCUACAGACUCCUGGCUGCAGAUUAGACACGCUGAGGUUGAUGGACUGCAGUUUGUCAAAGAUCAGCUGUGAUUUUCUGGCCUCAGCUCUGAAGUCCAGCAGCCUCCAUCUGACAGAACUGGACCUGGGAUACAACAACCUGAAGGAUUCAGAUGUUCAGCAGCUGAAGCGUUUUGUAAAGACUUUACGGCGAUGAUCUCUGUAAAGUAGAGAACGGUCUCUGUGUCUUGCUGAUCCUCAGAGGUUGAAGCUGCAGCAGUUUGAGUCAAAAGAAACUCUGACUGGAUCAUGACGAUGACCUCUGACCUCCAAGAUUUUCCUCCUGUUUAUUUUCUCAUGUCUGUCAUUUAGUGUCUGAUAUUGUUUGUCUCUUUGGAUUAAUAAAGAUCAAAUUCAAA